CUGAGUAUUGCUGUGUGCGUUGGAUUUUUUGCUGCCUGGAGCCCUUAUGCCAUCAUUGCCAUGUGGGUAGCUUUUGGAUCAAUAGAUAAGAUUCCUCCAUUAGCCUUUGCUGUGCCAGCUGUCUUUGCAAAGUCAUCCACACUCUACAAUCCAGUUAUCUGUCUCCUCCUGAAGCCCAAUUUCCGAAACACCAUUGCCAAAGAUUUCACAGUUCUUCAGCAGUUAUGCAUCAGGAGCUGUUUUUGUGUCAAGGCACCACAGAACUACAGAUCAACUUUGAACACCAGCCUGAGAACAUUUCAGGGCAAAAGUGAACCCAGCUCUAAUUCUCAGCCAGUUGUGGAAGAAUGCUCUUAUUUGCGCCGUGAAAAGCGCAGUGAUACUUCUAAAUGCUUUCAAAGCUAUCCAAAAUGCUGCCAGGACAGGCAAAGUGCUAUUGAAUGUCCUCAAGAAACUGUGUCCUUGGAGAGCAAACUCCAAGCAAAAGCAAGACAGGGCAGCAGGAGGUCAGUAAAUGCGACUGUGCAGGGAGAAAAAAGCACUGAAAUUGAUACCUUGGAAAUCACCUUAGAAGCAGUACCUGUGCAUCGUACGCUUACAGGCCUCUAG